AUGAGUCCUCAAUGGAUGCCGCAAAAUAUUCAAAAAAGACUCUUGCUUUAUGUAUUACAGCAGCUUUCAUUGUUUUCAGAGAUAGAUUUACCUAACUUGGAAGAGGUAUCAUUAAAUAACAUAGUGUUAAAAAAUGUAUCCAUAGAUCCUGAAAAAGUAGGCAAGUUGCCUGGUUGUAACUUGAGAUAUGGACAAGUGGGUAGUUUGGAAUUGAAUGGAGGAGUGAUGGGUGGAGUUAGCAUUGAUGCUAAUAAUGUGGAAAUUGUGAUUGCCCCAGAUUUUGAUAUGAAAGAAGAAGUUAGUAAUAAUGUUCAGUUUCUGUUAGCACAAAGUACAGCUGAUCUUGCAAAUACUCUUAUGAUUGAUAAGCAAUCCAACGAAACUACAUCAUCGGAAGACGAGACUGACACUGUGAUACCCCCAACAUCAUCUAAGUCCAGGUCAAAUUCAAGCUCUUCUGGAUCAUCUACAAGAACAAGGCCAUCAGCUUUAAGUGGUGUAAUGACAAAAGCAGUAGAAAUGGCUUUGCUGAGGUUGCAAGUCAAGGUAACUAAUUUGAAUGUCAAGAUAGUUUCGGAAUCAACUGAUUUAGUCUUAGAAAUUGACGAGGCUUUGUUAAAUACUACUAAUGGCACGAGGCACAUAAAGAUCAAAGGUGUUAAAGUAAUAACUUUAAGACCUGGCGUGAACCCAGGUGAAUCCGCAAGUGAAAAUAUGGGGAAAGAUUCGCCAAAGGAGUCAGAAAACAGCAAUACUUCUGAGGAUGACGAAGAUAACGAUAAUGACUACGGUGACGAAUCCUUAAUGAACAGCAUGGUAUUUACUCAUGAUGAAGCUAGCUCAAUUUACAUGAGCGCAACAUCCCAAUCUUUCAACAAACCCAGCAACAACGAUGGUACGACACACAAAGAGACACUAGAGAAAAAAGAAUCGCCAAUCUUAAUACAUAUUGAUGAUAUAGAUAUUGAAUUUGAAGGACUAAGCAAUAUUUCCAACUUGGAAAUUGACGUGGGUGAAGUUAAAAUUGCAGCAAUUCCCAUAUCUCCUACUAUAAUUUCAAUCUUCAAUAAUAUAUCGCAUAAUCUUAAAUUAAAAUAUUAUCAGCAACGCAAAAUGAAUAUGCAUAAACAAAGAUUCAAGUCAAAUUUAAGUUUCCCACAAUAUGCUGAUGACAAUGAUGAAGUAGAAGAUGAAAAUGAACAAAUAAUAUUAGAUGAUAAUGGGGGCUCAUUAGAUCCAUUUUUUGAUAGACUCCGGAUAAAUAACAUUAUUAUAAGUGCAACAUCAGCUCUAUUACCAACUGGAGAGUUUGCGUCUGCAUCUAGUUCACUCAAUUUUGUUUUUCAUAACCUCAAUAUAAAAUACAAAAAUGAAGCUCUCAUAUAUGGAGGUAUUGAAGUCUUCAAAAUAGUGAAAUUCGCAAAUAAUCAAGAAAUUGAAAUACUUAAAUUUAAAAAUACUGCAUCCACAUCGAAUACAGAAUCAAAAGCGUCAGAAGAAUUGACUGGGUCAAUACCUGCAUCUUCCAGUUCGUCUAAGGCAGAUAUUCGUUUUGAAAUUUUCACUAAAUUUGAAAAUGAAAUAAAGCAUCUUGAAUUUACAAGUUUGUUCUCGAAGCAAGCCAAUAUAAACUUGGACAAACCUACUUUGCUACUACUAUCAAAUUUAGGCAUAUCUGUAUCAUCGGUUUAUGACAGUUAUAAUACAAUGAAAUCCACAAUGAAUUCAGUUAACGUAUUUAAAAAUAACUUAAUUCCUAAUAGAGAAUUGAAAGGCUCCUCAUCAAUUGGAUUAUCAAAAGAAUCAAAUGUUCAAUUUAUAUUACAAACAGCGUCGACUACAAUAAAUUUAAAACUUUCGGAUAACCUAACUUUGAAGACUAUUAUAUUUCCUAUUUCAUUUAAUUUGUUAAAACAGGGUAUGAGUAUCAACAAGAUUCUAAUAAGUACUGUUUCUGGGGAAGUCGAAACCUUAUUGUCGACAUUGUCUAAUAUUCAAUUAUCAGCAAAACCACAAGAGUUCAAAUCCUUUAGUAGUAAAUCAGGGUACUCUAAUAGUAGCAGUGAUUCAUUUCCUCGUGAAAUUAUGCUUACUUCAAAUUUAACUUUGAGCUUAUCUAAAAUCUCAACUAAAUCUAGUCUUAAGGAUUUGAAACUAUUGAUCAAGGAAUUUUCUAUUUUUUCAGCUAGCUGGCUGACAUUGUCACUGCAGGUUAAUUCCUUAGAAAAUUCCGUUAAGGAUAAGGGGUUUGUAAUAAGUAGUAGAACAACUAAAACAGAAAGUUCGUCGAUAUUACUGAGCUCGGUUUAUGCAAAUCAAAGACGUUCGAGGAGGUCUAAUUUUAAUAACCCUAGUUUGGUAAAUACUAACCGGUCUAAUUUAGUGACAUUUAGACUAUAUGUUGAUCAUAUUGAAUUCUACAUAACUAAUGUUUUACCAAAACUUGGGGGUUUUGAUUUCCAAAUAGAUAAGAUAUCUUUCUACAAGUUCAACAAUGAUAUACAAGGUUCAAUCCAUGCUAUGAAGGUUGAUAGGAAUUUGGGAAAUGGUGAAGCUAUCAAUGACUUUAUUUACGAAUUCCAGAGCAAAAAGGUCAAUAAAAUUAAUAUUCCCUUAAUUCUAGUUAAUAUCAAAACUAAUGAAAAAAUUGAUACCAUAGAUAUAUCCUUGCGAAAUUUUUUAAUUGAAUAUUAUACUCGCUGGCUCGAGUUGUUGGAGAAGGAAAUUGAUGAAACUGCCGUUCUACAUGAUAUUACAGACCACAAGCGAGAAUCAAGUUCCCUGAAUUCACCUUCUAAAAGACUUGAUAUCAGGUUUUCAUUAUAUGAUUGUGUAAUUGGGUUGAACCCUGGGAGAUUGGAUUGCAAGAGUUUAUUAAUUAUAAAUAAAGGUAAUUCUGAUGUAACUUUUGGAUCACAUCAAUUCUACAUCAAAAGUUCAUUAAGGAAUUUGUCACUUUUAUUGGUUGAUGAUAUAAAGAAUAUUAACUUGUCCAAAACAGAUAGAGAAGCUACAGCAAAGCCCACCAACGCGGUUUAUAUUUCUCCGCUAUCAUGGUUUGUAUCAAAUGGAUAUAUUUCAGUAGGUAAUAUUAAUUGCAUUCAUCUUGGGAUCACUGUUAAUACAGGAAUUCAAGAAAUAAUUAAAAGAAAUGAAAAUUUGGGUCUCCAAGAUAGCUUAGCAUUAUUAGAUAUUAAGAUCAACUCCGAUGAACAUCAACUUGAUCUAUGUGCGGACUCGGCUCAUGUUUUGAUACAAAUGAUAAAUGAUCUAAAGCCGCCGUUAAAUUUUACAGAUAAUGAAAAAGUAAAGGUAACAGUUAAUGAUCCAAUUAACCUUUUGGAUGAAAUAAAAGAUGAUGAAUUUAAAAAUGGUUCAAUUAUGAAAUCAAUAAAUCGUUCAGAUACUUUUGAAGAUCUCGCAACAUUGAAAAAGACUUCGAAUGAGAAUUCAAGUGCUAGUGAUAUAAAUAUUGUCGAGGAAUACUAUGAUGACUCGCAUAAUUCAUCACAGAGUCUUGAAAAUGGUCUAAAUAAGUUAAGCAUUAGUGAAUCUGCUAACUCAAAAGAAGAAGCGUCUUCUUUCUCGUUUGACGAAGAGCAUUUUAGUAAUAACGGUACUGAUAAGAAUUAUCCUGAAAUUUUUCCGAUAAAAUUGAAUAUUAACCUUUCUAAAACCAAAAUUUAUUUAUACGAUGGGUUUGAUUGGAAAGGUACUAGAAAAACAAUAAAAGGAGCGGUGAAAAGAGUUGAGGCUCAAGCUUUACAAGAAUUAGAGAGGAUAAGAGAACUGGAGUCUAGGAGGCAUUUGAAAAAAAACAUGCAAGUUACAUUUAAUGAACCAGAUGAAAAUGCAGAAGCAGAUGAUGAAGAAGGAAAUGAUGGAAAUAGCUCUGAUAAUCAGCUGUUAAUCAGCGAGACUUUGUUCCAAUCGAUUCAUCUUAGUGUACCGAAAGGUUCAAAUCCCUCCAAUUUAACUAAAAACAUCAACAAAUCUGUACAGAAUUAUUCAAAUACUGAUAAUGCGAAUGAUGUGAAUAUAAACUACAACAUUGAAACUGGUCGUAACUAUAAGAAUUUGAAGUUACGCCGAUCAAAGAAUCAUAAAAUUGCUAUCGAUUUAAAGAAUAUUGAAAUUAAUAUGUCGAUACUAACUACACGAGACCCGAGAAGAGAUAAAGAAGUUCCUGAUACUAAAUAUGAAAUCACUAAUUCAAUAGAUUUAAGGAUUGAAGACAUUGAUAUAUACGACAAUAUUCCUAGUUCAACGUGGAAUAAAUUUCUAAGUUACAUGAAUUCUUUAGGCGAGCGGGAAAUUGGGACUAGUAUGCUUAAAGCAUCAAUAACCAAUGUAAGGCCUAAUCCCGAAUUAUGUUCAACUGAGGCUAUGAUAGACAUUUCUAUUUUGCCCAUUAGACUUCAUGUCGAUCAGGAUGCAAUAGAUUUUUUUAUUAGGUUUUUUGAUUUUAAGGAUAAACGAUUUGAAUUGCCUAUAGAUGAAAUUAUCUAUAUUCAGAUGUUCAAAAUGAGUAGUUUAAGGUUAAAAUUGGACUAUAAGCCGAAAAAAAUAGAUUAUUCUGGUAUUAGAUCUGGAAAAAUGUCGGAGUUCGUGAACUUUUUCAUAUUAGAUGGAUCAGAAGUAAAAUUGCCAAAGUUGAAGCUUCAUGGGAUAUUAGGUAUGCCUAUGUUAGGAGCUGAAAUGACAAGAGCUUGGGCACCAAACAUUCAACAGACCCAAUUAUCUGGACUUCUCGCUGGAUUGUCUCCGUUUAGAUCUAUAGUUAAUAUUGGUGGCGGCUUCAAAGAUCUUGUUGCUGUACCUAUCAAAGAAUAUCGUAAGGAUGGUAGAUUAAUGAGAAGCUUACAGAAAGGAACGUCGAAAUUUGCUAGAACUACUGGAUAUGAAUUGCUAAAUUUAGGUGCUAAAUUGGCUUCUGGUACACAGGUUAUUUUGGAACAAUCGGAGGAAGCAUUUGGUGGAGAGGGAUCUUCAGCAAGGUCUCCGAAAAUUAAACACGAUAAGAAUGAUAAAAAAGAUAAUGAGGACGAUGAGGACAUUUAUUCCUCUGGUGAUAUCAAUAAAGCAAACACCAAUCUACUAGCCUCCUCCCAAUUACUCAAUAAAAAUAUUGCCGUAGAGCACGAUCCAUACGGUAAUAAGAAAUUAUACUCAUAUAUUGAAUUAGACGAGUCGGAUGAUAUUGAUGACAAAAUCUUGGAGAAUUCGCUCUUGUUAAUGAAUCCUAAGGACCUCGAAAAAUCUAGACAUCUCCAGGACGUAAAUGAGGAAGAUGAAUACCAAGAGCUUGAUGAAAAAGAAGAUUUGGAUGAGAAAGAUGCCGUGAAAUUGGUCAGUUUAUAUUCCAAUCAACCCGAAAACACUCAACAAGGACUUAAAUUGGCUUACAAGUCACUCGGUGAAAACUUCAAAAUUACUAAAAAAGCUGUCAAUAGUUUACGCAAGGAACUUAAUGCAUCAUCCAAUGUACAGGAAUCUAUUAAGUCUAUGGUAAAGUCUUCACCAAUUUUGAUCAUUAGACCCAUGAUUGGCACUACUGAAGCUUUACUGAAAGCCUUGAUGGGUAUCAGCAACGAAAUCGAUUCAAAUCAUAUUGUUGAAUCGAAGGAUAAAUACAGAUAUGAUAAUGCCUCAGAAAGAUAA